GUCUCCUCGGCUCUUCCGUGGGCCCCGCAGCGUUCUCCCCGUGUGCGGGUGCUUUUUCUUCCAUGGAAUCUGUGUCGAAAGCGUUGAGUCAAUUUCGUUUGGCCCUCAUCCAGCUUCAUGUGCCUUCUGUCAAGUCAGAUAACCUGACUCGAGCUGGUGAGCUUGUCAAGAAGGCAGCAAGCCAAGGAGCCAAACUCAUAACUCUUCCUGAGUGCUUUAAUUCUCCCUAUGGCACAAACUUCUUCCCUGAAUAUGCAGAGAAAAUCCCCGGUGAAUCCACAGAAAAGCUUUCUGAUUUAGCCAAGGAAUGCCAAGUUUAUCUCAUUGGAGGCUCCAUUCCCGAAGAAGAUGAUGGAAAAUUUUACAAUACCUGUACAGUAUUUGGUCCUGAUGGAGCUCUCCUGACAAAGCACAGAAAGCUUCACUUGUUUGACAUUGAUGUUCCUGGACGGAUUCGAUUCCAAGAAUCAGAAACGUUGAGUGCUGGUGACAGUCUCUCCAUGUUUGAAACCCCUAACUGCAAAGUGGGCGUGGGGAUUUGCUAUGACAUUCGCUUCGCUGAACUUGCACAAGUCUACUCUCAGAGAGGUUGUCAGCUGCUGGUAUACCCCGGUGCUUUUAAUUUGACCACUGGACCAGCACAUUGGGAGCUGCUACAGCGAGGCCGUGCUGUAGACAACCAAUUGUUUGUGGCCACCGCCUCCCCUGCCAGGGAUGUAGAUGCCCCAUACGUUGCCUGGGGUCAUAGCACCGUGGUGAGUCCUUGGGGAGAAAUCCUGGCCCAAGCUGGCACCGAUGAAACCAUUGUGUAUGCAAACAUAGACCUUAAGAAGUUGGUUGAAGUUCGCCAGCAAAUCCCUGUUCUCAGCCAGAAAAGGGGAGACCUCUAUGCUGUGGAGUGGAAAAAGCCCUGAGGGGCCAGUAUUGCUGAGGAGGGGUUUCCAUGUCUGGAUCUUUGAAUUCUAUCUGAAUCUCCCUAUGUUUUUUUUAAAAAUUUCAACCUUUUUCUAGCAGUGAAGGGUAAAGAAACUAAUGAUAGACCAACACAUUGAGUUUCUACUGAACAUUUUUAUUAUUAGCCAUUGGCUUUUGUAAUGGAAGGAAAACCAAUAACAAGUGAGAAUAGAAAAGAUCUUGCCAUGCAGACAUGGACCAGUCAAAAUAGUUAGCAGAAUGAAGUGUUAGAUCCUGGUUAGGUGCAAAAUUCACAUAAAACCAAGGUGCUUAUGGGCACCAAGAUGACCACUCCAUUUUAUGGAGUUGGAAGUUGUUAAACCAGAAAAUGGCUUUGUUAUAUUGUGUUUCCCCAGAAGUGCCUAAGAUUUCAGACUGGCCAAUGUGUGAAAUUGUUUUGCUUGAUUAUACCUGUAUGUUAAAAGGGAGAGCUCCUAUUUAUCCUGUGGCUGUGGGGGCUGGAUGUUGAAUUACUGCCUAAUGAUAGAGAUGGGGAAAAAAAAAGAAGAGCAUCAAUAAUACAUUAAAAACAGACAAAAAAAUAAGUU